CUUCCUUUCUUCAUUUCCAGCUCAAGAAAACCAGAAAAUGCCGGAACUCGCAGAGGCCUACGCCUGCGUACCGUCCACGGAACGUGGUAGAGGGAUCUUGAUCUCCGGGAGUCCCAAAUCCAACACCAUACUAUACACAAACAAUCGCUCCGUAAUCCUCCUCAAUCUCGACAACCCGCUCGACGUCACCGUCUACGGCGAGCACGCUUAUCCCGCUACUGUAGCGAGAUUCUCCCCCAAUGGAGAAUGGAUCGCCUCAGCUGAUGUCUCCGGGGCCGUCAGGAUCUGGGGGUCCUACAAUGAUCAUGUAUUGAAGAAGGAAUUCAGGGUCCUCUCUGGCCGGAUCGACGAUCUUCAGUGGUCUCCCGAUGGAAUGAGGAUCGUCGCUUCUGGAGAAGGGAAGGGCAAAUCCUUCGUUCGCGCUUUCAUGUGGGACUCGGGCACUAAUGUUGGAGAGUUUGAUGGCCAUUCUAGACGAGUGUUGAGUUGUGCAUUCAAGCCAACAAGGCCUUUUCGCAUAGUGACAUGUGGAGAGGAUUUUUUGGUGAACUUUUACGAAGGACCUCCCUUUAAAUUCAAGCUGUCUCUCAGGGAUCAUUCAAAUUUUGUCAAUUGUGUAAGGUUUUCUCCAGAUGGCACUAAAUUCAUUAGUGUAAGCUCCGAUAAGAAGGGCUUAGUAUAUGAUGGAAAGAGUGGAGAGAAGAUUGGAGAGCUCUCUUCUGAAGAUGCUCACAAAGGCAGCAUUUACGCUGUUAGCUGGAGUGGUGACAGCAAGCAGGUGCUCACUGUCUCUGCUGACAAGACAGCAAAAGUGUGGGAGAUUUCAGGUGAUGGUAAUGGUACAGUGAAGAAAACUCUGAGUUGUCCUGGCUCAGGUGGAGUAGAUGACAUGCUAGUUGGUUGCCUUUGGCAUAACGAUCAUAUAGUGACUGUUUCUCUUGGUGGAACAAUUAGCAUAUUCUCAGUAACUGAUCUUGAUAAAACUCCGUUGCAAAUUUCUGGGCACAUGAAAAAUGUUACUUCCUUAGUUGUGCUGAAAAAUGACCCAAAAACGAUACUUUCCAGCAGCUAUGAUGGCUUAAUAAUUAAAUGGAUCCAGGGCAUAGGAUAUAGUGGUAAAGUACAGAGGAAAGAAACUUCUCAAAUUAAAUGCUUUGCUGCUGUUGAAGAAGAGAUUGUUACAUCUGGAUUUGACAAUAAGAUAUGGAGAGUUCCGUUACAUGGAACUGAAUGUCAAGGUGCAGAUUCCAUUGACGUUGGUAGUCAGCCAAAGGACUUAAGCCUUGCCCUUCUCUCUCCUGAACUUGCUUUGGUCACAACUGAUUCGGGAGUUACUUUGCUCCAUGGUAAUAAAGUAAUAUCAAGUACAGAUCUUGGUUUUACUGCGACAGCGUGUGCAAUCGCACCUGAUGGAAAUGAAGCCAUCAUAGGUGGGCAGGAUGGUAAAAUACACAUUUAUAGUAUUACAGGUGACACACUUACGGAAGACGCGGUGCUUGAGAAACAUCGGGGUGCCGUCUCUGUCAUACGCUAUUCUCCAGAUGUUUCAAUGUUUGCAUCUGGUGAUACUAAUCGAGAAGCUGUCGUAUGGGAUCGUGUCUCAAAGGAGGUGAAGCUUAAAAACAUGUUGUACCACACUGCCCGCAUAAACUGCCUCGCAUGGUCUCCUGAUAGCACCAUGGUUUCUACUGGAUCACUUGACACCUGUGUAAUCAUAUAUGAAAUCGACAAACCAGCGUCUAGCCGGAUGACAAUAAAGGGUGCUCACUUGGGUGGGGUUUAUGGAUUAGCAUUCACGGAUAACAACAGCGUGGUUAGCUCAGGCGAGGAUGCUUGUGUUCGUGUUUGGAGGGUAAACGCACAGUGACAUGAAUGAUUGGGGCAAACAGAUCAAUAUACAAAGUUUGGUGAAUGUUCUGGAGCUUUUCUUGGAUUUGAUAAUUGAUUGUUGUGAAUUUGGCUUGCGUUGGAUGGGAGAUACACAAGUUGGCUGGUAUUUUGAUCAUUGAUUAUCUGGUCAUCUGUUAAAGUCAAAUGAGCAUUUUGUUUAAGAACUGUAAUUUAUCUAUGUUUUUGCAGUUCGGAAUUGGUUUUUCUUCCUGCUCAUGAUGAGAGUAGGUCAUUUUGUAGCGUGAACUUCAUUACACACGACAGUUUAUCGGUCUUGUGGAACUCUCAUCUUUUCUUUUAUUGUCGCAUAAUGUUUCAGUACUUGGCAGAGCUUGGACGACAGAAGUCGCUGCACGGUAUAUUUCGAAAAGAAAUUAAUCUGAUCACAGUGCUAGAAGAGAUUGAAUCUCCACCAAGGCCUUUUGCUUUAUGGUUUUUUUGGGAGAGUUUUCCUGUGAGCUUAUUUUUUUGUAAUUUGUAUUUUGCUCUUGUUUGUUAUGUAUCCAGUUUUGUUGUUUUCUUUGUGAACGUUGCUUCUGGUUAAUGCUGCUUUUUUUGGUCGA